AUGGGAAAUUGCUUACUUGUGUGCGGACACAACAGAGUUUCUUGUCUCGCAGCAGUUGAAACAAGCAAGAAUGCAAAUAUAGUGCAGCUUCUAAAAAGUGACGGAGAGAUCCUCGAGUUUUCGACACCGGUACUCGUAAAAGACGUGCUGACAAACUUCUCAGGUUUCAAUAUUGCUCUGGCGGAGAAAACUCCCCUGCAUCUUCCUCCGGACUUCUGGUUAGAAUUGGGAAAUAAAUACCAUCUUAUUCCUUCCGUUGAGACGUUAGAAACUGUUGAAGAACCUCGAUUUGUCGAAAAAGAUAGCGGUGUCAAGAGGAUUAAAGUUGUUAUAACGAAGAAACAACUGCAGGAUUUGCUCUCGCAAGAAGUGUUGGCUGUUGAUAUCAUCUCCGUGCUUCGGAGUAAAACAUGUGAUGAUUACGACGACGAUGACGAAGAUGAUUCUAGAAUUUGGAAGCCGAAGCUGGAAUCGAUACCAGAAGAACACGAGACAGGUAGCUUAAGUUCUGUAAUAACCAGCUAG